UCCGGUGGUGGUGGUGUAAGCUUCCCGGCGCUGGCAUGGGGCUCCCCCUGGCUCCUCCAGCUCCAGUGCUCUAGCAUAGCUCCGCGUGUCUUGUGAACAGGAAUGUCUCGCAGGGACUGAGUGCCCUGCCUCCAGUAAGUUAUUUAUGUCCUUCGCAGUUCCAAACGAAGCCAUUAAGCGGUGACCUGAUUGACAGGCUAGACUCCACCCCUCCUCAAAUUGAUGAUAUGCCCUGCUCUCUGACCUUGAGACCACCACCUCACACAUGCCGAGGGCAGGGCCUUCCAAAGACCGGCCCCCUGAGCCACUCACCCCUCCCCUGCCCUACGACCACCGGACCCAGGCAGGGCCUGGGGAGUCUUCAGGUGCGUCUGGGGACAAGGACCAUCUGUACAGUCUCCCACCUGUUUCCCAGUACGGUGUGCAAGCCUCGGUCCCCAAAGUCUGCGGCCUCUGCGGCCCCUCCGUUCUCCUCUUCCAGUGGCGUCUUGGGCACUGGGCUCUGUGAGCUGGACCGAUUGCUGCAGGAACUUAAUGCCACCCAAUUCAACAUCACAGAUGAAAUUAUGUCUCAGUUUCCAUCCAGCAAAACAGCUGCGGGGGAGCCAAAAGAGGACCCAGUGGACGAUAAGAAAAGGCCCAGCAUUCCCUCCAGCCCAUCCUCUGCCCUGGCAAAGCCUUCAGCCACAUCAGCAACCCUGGAGCUGGACAGGCUGAUGGCCUCACUGUCUGACUUCCGUGUCCAGAACCAUCUUCCAGCCUCCGGGCCAACACAGCCUCCGGGGUCAAGUGCUGUGAACGAGGGCUCCCCGUCCCCGCCAGGACCAGCCAGUAAGGGCAGCUUAGACACCAUGCUGGGGCUACUGCAGUCGGACCUCAGCCGCCGUGGGGUUCCCACCCAGGCCAAGGGCCUCUGUGGCUCCUGCAAUAAGCCCAUUGCUGGGCAGGUGGUGACGGCCCUGGGUCGCGCUUGGCACCCGGACCACUUCGUCUGCGGUGGCUGUUCCACGGCCCUAGGGGGCAGCAGCUUCUUUGAGAAGGAUGGGGCUCCCUUCUGCCCGGAAUGCUACUUUGAGCGCUUCUCGCCAAGAUGCGGCCUCUGCAACCAGCCCAUCCAACACAAAAUGGUUACGGCCUUGGGCACCCACUGGCACCCGGAGCACUUCUGCUGCGUCAGCUGCAGGGAGCCCUUCGGGGACGAGGGUUUCCACGAGCGGGAGGGCCGCCCCUACUGUCGCCGAGACUUCCUGCAGCUGUUCGCGCCGCGCUGCCAGGGCUGCCAGGGCCCCAUCUUGGAUAACUACAUCUCGGCGCUCAGCGCGCUCUGGCACCCAGACUGCUUCGUCUGCAGGGAAUGCUUCGCGCCCUUCUCAGGAGGCAGCUUUUACGAGCACGAGGGUCGCCCGCUGUGCGAGAACCAUUUCCACGCGCGGCGCGGCUCGCUGUGCGCCACGUGUGGCCUCCCCGUCACGGGUCGCUGCGUGUCGGCCUUGGGGCGCCGCUUCCACCCGGACCACUUCACCUGCACCUUCUGCCUGCGCCCGCUCACCAAGGGCUCCUUCCAGGAGCGCGCCGGCAAGCCUUACUGCCAGCCCUGCUUCCUCAAGCUCUUCGGCUGACCGCCCCGGGCUCCCCGAGACCCCCAGGCCCGCAAAGACCCCCCAGGCCCGGCUCCUGGAGCUUGGCCUUCCCCGGGAGCCUCCCUUCCCCUGUAAGGCCGCACUCAAUGGGGAGACUGCCCCUGCACACCCAUAGGGGAGGGCCCACUGGAGUUGGAUUCCAUCCCAGAGGAUAGGGGAGCUGGCCUUUCCGACAAGUCCAAGGUCAAGACGGGACAUCCCUGCGCCCUCACCAUUCUGUGCACCUUUUUCUACCUACAUAAACACCUUCCACGCUUC